AGCGAGGUCCUAAGGCCCGAGUCAGCAGGCGCGUGGCGCGGUCACUCUUGGCGACUCGGCUCCCUAUUGGUCUCUUAGGGCACCGCCCACCGGCGGGCGGGGAUUCGGUGUGCUGCGCGCAGCUCCCGGACCCUGCCCGCCCCGAGGCUCGGCUUUUGCAGUCGGAGGUUUCCCUAGACUCCGGCCUUCCCUGGCCGUUCGGGGGUGGCCCCGCGUGUGAGCCUCGCGGCCGCUCUCCCUCCCGCCGGCUCUGACUCGAUAGUUACAGGUGACUGGAUGUUCAAACCGCAGAAUGCAGAGCACCCUACAAGUUGUGUUUAGGCUGGCCACAAUGAGCACAUCGCAGCUAAAGGAAGCGAAGGUGCCCAGUGUUCUGUUUGUGGGAGACGACGAUGUUCUCAGUCACAUUCUGGACAGAGAAGGAGGAACUAAAUUAAAGAAGGAGAAAGCUCAGCUUCUGGUCAAUCCCCAGAAAGUAAUAAAGAAGGCAAAAUGUGAGUUGGAGAAAAGUGACCUGGAAGUCUUAGAGGAUCAGAACUACGUGGAAGUCUUGGGAAGAAAUAUUCAAGAAUCCUUGGGAAAUGGCUCUGCUGUAGAUGAUAGGAAUAAAGUUUAUUCUUUUCAACACAGAAAACACCCUGAAGAGAUGACUAAAUUGGCUUUAGAACUAGCAAAAACAUCAGGAAAAAUUGAUCUACCUGAUUCAAAUGAUCCUGAAAUCACAAAAAACAUUGCUCGAAAAAGCAAAGGGCAUUCUCCUUCAGAGAAAACUCCACUGCAGCAGAAUAACAACAAAAAUGAAUUUCUGUCAACACAACCUCAUAAUCUAAGAAAAAGAUUAAUAGCAUCGCGGUCUCAUUGUGACAGUGAGAGUGAGUAUUCUGCUUCCAGCUCAGAGGAUGAUGAAGAGGUUGCCAAAGACGAUGAGGAAGGCACUAGUGUGGUCAGGUUCUCUCACAAGAGUCAAGCUCAGAAGAGACUACUUCCAGCUCCUGUUUCCAAAGAGACACUGCCUAAGAAAAGGAAAAGAGACAAAGCAAGUGACUUGGUAGAAGAAUAUUUUGAAGCCCAUAGUAGUUCAAAAGUCUUAACAUCUGACAAGACGCUGCAAAAGCUGAGGAGAGCUCGAGUGGACCAGAAAACUCUGCGUAACUUACUAAGCAAAUUCGCGCCUUCCUUUUCUGCUGAAAUUGAACAAUUGAAUCAACAGCAUGAGAAACUGUUUCAUAAAUGGAUGCUUCAGUUACACCUUGGGUUCAACAUUGUGCUUUAUGGUUUGGGGUCCAAGAGAGAUCUACUAGAAAAGUUUCGAACCACUAUGCUUCAAGACUCCAUUCAUGUGGUCAUCAACGGCUUCUUUCCUGGCAUCAGUGUGAAAUCAAUCCUGAACUCUAUAACUGAAGAUAUCCUCGGUCAUAUGGGUUCAUUCCAAAGUGCUCUGGACCAGCGGGACUGGAUAAUAAACAGAUUUAAAGAAGAUUCUUCUUUAGAACUCUUCCUUCUUAUCCACAAUUUGGAUAGCCAAAUGUUAAGAGGAGACAAUAGCCAGCAAAUUCUUGGACAGUUGUCAUCGUUACAUAAUGUAUAUCUCAUAGCAUCUGUUGACCACCUCAAUGCUCCUCUCAUGUGGGAUCAUGCAAAGCAGAGUCUUUAUAAUUGGCUUUGGUAUGAAACUACUACAUACAGUCCCUAUACUGAAGAAACCUCCUAUGAGAAUUCCCUUCUCGUUAAACAGUCUGGGUCCCUACCACUUAGUUCUCUGAUUCAUGUCUUACGAAGCCUUACCCCCAAUGCAAGAGGGAUUUUCAGGCUACUUAUGAAGUUCCAGCUGGAUAACCAGGACAGCCCUUCCUACAUCGGACUUUCUUUUCAAGAUUUUUAUCAGCAGUGUCGGGAAGCAUUCCUUGUUAACAGUGAUCUUACACUCCGAGCCCAGUUAACUGAAUUUAGGGACCACAAACUUAUAAGAACGAAGAAGGGAACUGAUGGUGUAGAAUAUUUAUUAAUUCCUGUUGACAACAGAACACUGGCCGAUUUCUUGGAGAAGGAAGAGGAGGAGGCAUAGGCUGUCUCUUACCCUUGACCUUCAUGGAGUGAGUGGGACACUCAGUCGUCGUGCCCAGCUGCUGCUCUCUAGUAAGAAUGCUGGGUUACAUCCAACAUUAGGUCAUUCUCUCCAGCAUACAAGAUGCUCUAUGGAAGAGGCAUAUCAUCAGUUUGAACUUUGAUUAGCCUGGCAGGCUUACUGUCUCUAAUACUAUGCAGUGGUCAUUGAGUUUGGGGGGAAAAGUGCCUUUAAUUUAUUACCUCUGAAGACUUCUUGCCGGUUGUACAGUGUGCUCAGGGAUUAUUUGGAACUGGAUGUUUUUGGAUUAUUUUAUACUGAAUGCUAUCCCUAAUUUUUUUAGGGCAAUUUAACACUCCAGAGCUGAAUUACUACAAGUGCAUUUGCUUCAGAUCAUCCUAGUACAAGGAGUUUAGAGUAGAGUUCUCACAGAACUGAUGAGGAAGAAGGUGGUUCUUCUCCUUUUGUUGAAAUGAUUAUAAAAGGUGUCAAUGGACUAAGAUGAUCUGGCGUUCUCCUUGUGGACUUAGGCUACACAUACUAAAUAACAACAGUUGGCACUGUUCACAUGAGAUUAUGGGAGAAGUACAAGGGAUAUAUGCAUAUGUGGGGCAUGUGUCCAGUCUAGAAUGCAUAUUUAAAAUAAUUGGUAUCUGUACCAGGACCUUGAUUUGUAUGAUAUGAAUGAGAAGCCAGGCUAAGAAAUAAAAUCCUGAUUUAUAUAUUGUUAA